AAGCGAGAAGACAAGUCAAAAUUAUAGUUGAAAUCAACUUCUCGUGUGUUGAAUCCAUCCAUCCAAAAAGUUCAUCCACAGCAACCACCGCAAAGAUGACCAAACGAACCAAGAAGGUCGGUGUUACCGGAAAGUACGGUACAAGGUAUGUAAUCAAUUCGAACUCACAUUUUUCACGGCAUCCGCAUCCGCACCUGCGCCUGCGCCAUCGACCCCUCGGUUUGUCGAUCGACUACGACUUCAAUUCCGCAGCAUGCGCGCGGCAGACGGUGGAAUGGAGGUUACAAGAGAAGCCAUCUAGAUUCAGCUAGCUGACCAGCUGUUUUCUUCGAAUUUAGAUACGGUGCCUCCCUCAGAAAGCAAGUCAAGAAGAUGGAAAUCACACAACACGCCAAAUACGUCUGCACAUUCUGCGGAAAGACCACCGUCAAGAGACACUCUGUUGGAAUCUGGGACUGCAAGUCGUGCAAGAAGACCGUCGCUGGAGGAGCAUACACCGUAUCGUACGUAUUCAUGGGGCCUUUCUUGGUGCUUGGACCAAGAAGGGCGGAAAGGUUUUGCCCAGUAUCUAACCUCAUCAAUAGAACACCCGCCGCCGCCGCUAUGCGAUCAACGCUCCGAAGAUUGAGAGAAAUUGCUGAGGUUUAGAUGGUUGGGUUGGGAUUGUUUUCGGGCUACAUUGGCAGGUGUAUGGGUCUGGGAUCUCUCGCGGUUUACGAGCUCCGACGUCGCUUUUCGAUGAGAAAAAUUCAAUAAAGCACUUCAAAACCAAACUCUUUCUCAUGUCAGGCAUUGCAUGACUCGUUUUUACGAUUGUCCGAUAACGAGGUUUUUUUUGUGAACUACGAGAAAAUGGGGUUAUGAUCUGGGACUGGGCUACUUUGGCAGACACAGGCAAAGUACAGUCUCAUUUGUCGAAUCCCGAUAUUUUCACCUACGAUUUAUGUGAACUCGAAAGACUUCUUCUAUUUUGCAUUACCGAUUCUUGGAAGGGCAAGCCUUCAUACGUACUCUGGUCGUUAUCACGAGCUCUGG